AUGAACGGCUAUAACCACACUGAUGUGGUGGACCCUAGUUACUUUGGGCCCUAUGGAAAUGCGUCCUGGGGCGGGCAGGUUCUACAGGAUCCGCAUGACCAUAAACUGUUCCAUCUCUUCACCUCGCAAUUCGCUGAUGGAUGUGGUCUAUCUGGCUGGAGACCGCAUUCUUAUAUUAUUCGCGCGGAAUCUAGAAACGGGCCGCAGGGGCCAUAUCACUAUGCGGAUGCAGUUAGCGAGCCUUUCCGCCAUAACCCUUAUAUCCUUUGGAGCCCCGCGGACAAAAAAUACCUCCUAUACGCUAUCGGUGUUGAUGCCCAUAAACCCGAUAUGUGCGAGAGCCUUACUUAUCAACAAUGGCCGAAUAAUAUCUCCGUUUCAAGCGCAGACAGCAUCGAGGGACCCUGGACCCCCUUCAAGAUGAUCCUGAGCUCUCUCGAGCCACAAUCAACAAACCCCUCCCCCUGGCCGCUCUGGACUCCCAAACACCGUACUAGCAAGAUUGCUCUGGGCGUUGAGGAUAAUGCAAUCUACCUAGCUGACAAAUGGGACGAUGAAUACAAGUUGAUCCAUACUCAAAAGUGGAACACGAGCGAAUGGUCCCCAACCUGGACCGAGGACACAUUUUUAUGGCGUGAUAAGCGCGGACACUGGCAUGCGCUCGAUCACUGGAUGAUUGACCUGGUAGAAAAUAAUCGACAACAGUGGCCGAGGGUCGGGGUGCAUGUCUAUGCAAGAGAAUUGACAGGGCCGUGGCAUUUCAAGUCGCAGGAGGCAUUUAAUUCAACAGUCAACUUUACAGACGGGUCAAUUCGGACGCUACAGCGCCGGGAGAGGCCGAAGCUUUUCUUUAGUGAUGAUGGGGAGAUGACGCCUCUUUAUUUGAGUAAUGGGGUGCAGGAGAUGGGUGAGGGUGCGCGGAGCUCGACUUUUAUUCAGCCGAUUGGUGAGAAGUGGAAAACAUAUGAGAAGAAAUUGGGAUUCUUUUGA